UUCUCUUCUCUCUCUAUAACUGACCUUUUGUGCUUAUUAUGCUUUACUGCAAUCGGUCUGCUUCUCGUUGGUUGUUUUUGCCUUUACCCAGUACUUUUGUUGAUUCUUUGAGCCUCUAAUAACUCUUUUGGUCAUUCCGAUUCUUCUUCAGGAUGCGUUUUUAGUUUUCCUUUUUUUUUUUUUGUUUCCUUCUAAAGAUUCAUAACUUCAUAAGAGAGUUUGAGUAGAAGAGAUUGAUGGAUGUGAUGGCAUCCAGUUGCAGUUUGUUGGGUUUUUCUUUGAAUUCACUUCUUUGAGAUCUAGUGGGGUAUGAUAAUUUUCUUGAGCAUUUUUUUCUUCAUUAUUUCUGCUCACAAUGUAGGUGAAGAUAAAGUUGUUUGCUAAUAAUUUUUACAGAGCAUAGGAUUCCUUGCUGGUUCAAGAGUUUCAGUUUUAAGGUGAUCAAAGUCAGUUUUUUGAGGUUUUCUAUGAUUCUAAUUCUGGAAUCAAUCAUGGGAGUGUGCUUUUUGGAAGAAGGGUUAUCUGUAAAGUUAGAUUCAUAGUACUAAUACUCCAAGAUAGAACAUUGGAGACAGCUCUUUCAUUUUAGUAUUUUUUGCCUAUUUAAUAAUUAUGCUGUUUGAAAAGAGUGUUGCUUUGGUAUUUUCUUAUCUACUUCUUAGUUUCAUCUCUGUUUUUGUACAUUUCUUCCAAUAAGGAGCAGAGAGUUGUAUUUCCAGCUGGUGGCUGCCCUUUUAAAAGAAGAGUUAUGGAUCUAGUAAUGGGCCUAGAUAUGGAGUUGGAUUUGGAGAAGAGCUACUCCUCAGAUCUGAGUCCUAACACUGUUCUUCCAUGUCGACAUUUUUCAGAUGUUGAAAAGAAAAGAGCAAACAGCAAAAUUAGAUGUAAAGACGAUUUGUUGACAAUAAAGGAUGGCUUCACAGAGAUUAGCUUUUGUCGCUAUCGUAGUUCCUCCGGCAAGACUCCAUCAAGACCUGUUGGUCUACAAGGAAACGUUGAGUUGAAGCGAGGUUCCAUUUACCAAAACUCCACAGAGGUAAGGACAAUGAAGAUGGAUGUUAAUGAAGGAAGGAGAAAAAUUGAAUUGUCUCGUGAUAGUGACACUAAUUUCUCCUUCAGCAUUGUCGAUUCUUUGUGUUGUUCAUAUGAAGAGAACACACAUAAGAGUUCCCCUGCUUUGUCGGUGGACUCGAAUCCAACAUCUGUCAGGAAGUCUAGCUUAGAACCUCGCUUAUCAGAUGACUACAUAGAAAUCUGUCCAAAAUUGGAUAACAGAGAAAAACAAUCUGCUGGAACUGUAAGGAGUGAUUCAAUUGAGAAUCCAACUUUCAGAAGUGAGCAGGUUGUUGGUCCUGUAAAUGAUGCUAAUGACCUUCUUGAAGAUGAUAUGGCUCUUACAUUUCAUAGAUCCCUUUCUGCUAAGAAUGUAGAAAUGCCCCAUUCCCCUUCUCCUUCAGAAAGCACUUGCUCCUCCGGAGCCGGCUCAAAGUCCCGGUUUAACCCUAUCAAAAAGAUGUUUGAUCCAUUUAUGAAAUCCAAGUCUUUACGGAGCCCUUUGGGUUAUAUAGCAGAACUUGGUGAUGUUAAAACUACAGGGAUAUCAAAUGUGAGAAGGAAUCAGACCAUGAGGAAAUCUUUGUUGCCUGACUUUGCAAAUACAGUUGGAAAAUCAAAUGUUGAUUCUCUACUUGUCCGGAAUGAUCACCAUCAAUCAACUGUGGCAUGUUCACCAGUUCACCUGCAUGGUUGUCUCAAGUUGGAAAGUAAACAUGGGAUGCCACAUUUCGAGUUCUCAUUAGAUUGCCCUGAAGAAAUUUUUGUGGCCAAGACAUGGAAGGCAAAUAAUGCUGUUAAUUGGGUAUACACAUUUCACUCAAUCUGCAGUAGAAAGAAAAGCAAUGCCAGUGGCUGGAAUUUGACUGACAGCAACAAGGAGUCUUUGGUGGGGCAGAUGCAAGUUUCCUGCUAUUUAUGCUCAGAACUAAAAGAUGGCAGGAGUUUUGACAACUCUAAGGUGACAGAAUUUGUAUUGUAUGACAUAGCACAUGCAAGACAAAGUGUCUUUUCACAAGAUUCAUUUGAUAUUGGUAAACCUCUCAAUUAUUCUAAGUCAGGCUAUGGUGGUGGAACUCAUGAGUUGGACCUCAAUCAUCAAACAAAACAUGCUUCUGAUGCUAGCAACCUUCGUUCUUCAAAUCCUUAUCCAUUGCCAGCUGCAGUUUUACAUUCAGACCUUGAAAUUGCAGCUAUUGUCAUUCAACUCCCAGUUGCAAAGAAAGAAAGCUUGAAAUACAAAAGGAGGAAUAAAAGUAGUGAUACAGUGCAUUCAAAUGUACUAAACAAUUAUACGUUUGAGCAAAGGAGAAAAAACGUCACAGACAGAGAAAGUCCAGACAAGUUGAAUGUGGUAAUUCCAGCCGGAAAUCAUAGUUUGCCAAUUGAUGAGAGCUGGGGUCCUUCUUCUUUGCUUGAUAGAUGGAGAAUGGAUGGACGCUGUGACUGUGGUGGAUGGGAUAUGGGCUGCCCACUUACUGUUUUUGGCAGCCCUGGUACCAGAUGUGCUGAAGAUGAACGACCUUUAGAACUUUUCGUUCAGGGAAGAAAACAGAAAAUUCCAGAAUUGACCAUGAGAGUUGUUGAAGAGGGAAAAUAUGCUGUUGAUUUCCAUGCACAGUUAUCCGCAUUACAGGCAUUUUCCAUUUGUGUUGCUGUAUUGCAUAGUACAGAAGCCUCCAAUGAUACUGGGGAGGAAAGAAGCAAGCAGUUGCCCCAUUGCAAUUCACUGAAAGUACUCAUCGAGGAGGAAAUGCAAUUCUUCACUGAAGCAGCGAAGGAGGGGGAAAAGAAGAAAGUCUCCAAGAAAAUGGAAGAGAUCCAGCAAUCUUAUGUGCUUAACCCUCCUUUUUCUCCAAUCGCCCGGGUAUAAAUUGUGGGACUAAACCAGAAUGAUUGACAAAGCAAAAUGGCAGUUUCCAAGAAAAAAAGAUUGGGGUUUGGAUGGACUAGAAGCAAAAGAGAUAUUUAUUAAGUACCACUGAAGGAUUACAAUUGAUUCAGUUUUUCGCCUAGGUUGACUAGUUUGGGAGAGUCUUGAGUUCUUGUGCAGCCUUGCAUUGCUUGCUUCAUUAAGCUGAAUGGUUCACAUGAAUGAGGUAUCACUAUCAAUUCUACAGCAAGAGGGUAAUUGCAUAUGAAGAUGAAAGAUCCUUGCAUGUAUAAUUUUAUUUGUUCUUCCAACUCUACUACUAGGGAUAGAAUAGAAAACAUAUACUGUCCAUAUUGUAAGUUGAUAGCCAAGGAAAAGAACCAAUUCAAUUGUUGAGAGAUAGGGGGUUCUAUACCUUGUGUUCUGCAAUAGAUUGUAACUUAGAAGCUCUUGUUACUAAUGAAUCUUGAGCAAGGCAGUUCAAAAUUUUGUUAAAAAUUUCUGUAUCUCCAAAAUAAUAAAUAGUGGUUAAUCCCUUGUUGUGA